AUGGGGACGGGGUGCUGCCCCCCACCAAGGGGCGCGUGGGUCACGGCAGUGAUGCUGCUCCUCUGCCCAGGUGGUGAUUAAUGCCCUUUUUCCCUAAAUGCGGAAUCUCUUUCAGGUUUUACUGAAGCAUCGAGAAUCGUCUACUCCGAAGUUACAGUGCCCAGGCGGCUGGAGGCAAAGGAUGGGACCUUCACAGAGGGGGACACGUCCUAUUUAAUAACGGCAGAAGGAAACCACCACGUCGUCCAUCUGACGCAGGCAAAAAAUUUGAUAGCCAAGGACAUCCCGGUUUUCACGUACAGCCCGGAAGGAGACCUGAUAACCGAGUUUCCAUAUAUUCAGGACGACUGCUACUAUGGGGGGUUUGUGGAAGUCCCCGGAUCCAUCGUCUCCCUCAGCACGUGCUUCGGGAUCAGUGGAGUUUUGCAAAUUGGAGAUCUGAGGUACGAAAUCGAGCCCGUGGAGAACUCCUCCAUGUUUCAACACCUCAUUUACCGAAGGGCGUUGGAAGGCGGCUUACGUCGGCUGUGCCAAGUGCCCGAAGAUCACAAGGACCAUCUGCCUGAAGACGGAGAACUUGCGAAGGGGAGUCGUAACAUCCUUGUUAUCGAAGAGGUUUCUGGUCUCCAGAUCCUGCCCGUGCCCACCAGAUACUUGGAGCUGGCUCUGAUCACAAACAAAGAGCUGUUUAAAGUUAACAACUACAACGAAACCCUGAUGCUACAUCUGUUCGUUUCCAUAAGCAACCUCCUGAACACGGUCUACAAGAGCAUGAAGCUGCAGAUCGUGGUCAGCGCGGUGGAGAUGUGGACCAGGACGGACCAGGUGACGACGGCCCACAGCCUGGCCCGGACGCUGCAGGUUUUUGCCACGUGGUGUCAGAGGGAUGCUGUCGGUCGCAUUAAUUACGACCAUAUCCAGUUACUGCUUGGCCAGCACUACAAGGAACGGGGAUUUGCCUGGAAGGGCACAAUGUGCCAGAUGAACUCCAUGGGUGUCGUCUCGUUCCCUGGCCACGACACCGUCAGCGACGUGAUGACGCUCGCCCACGAGAUAGGCCACAGCUUAGGCUUCAGCCACGACGACGCAAAACAAUUUCACGACAAAUUUUGCAAUUGCAACUGCACCCACAGAGGAUGCAUCAUGCGAACAUCCCCGGGAUCUUGCUUGGCAUUCAGUAAUUGCACUAUGGGAGAAUAUUACAAUGAAGUAAUAAGAAAAAAUCUACCUUGUCUACUCAACAUACCAUCUUUAAAACCAUUUCUUCUUGAACUCUGCGGCAACGGUGUCUUGGAAAAAGAGGAAGAAUGCGAUUGUGGCAGUGACGAGGCAUGCCUCCAAGAAGGAUGCUGCUUCUCCUCCAGCUGCUUGCUCACACCGGGGGCUUCUUGUUACAGAGGUGAAUGCUGUCACAAAUGUCAGUUUCAGCCAGCAGGAAAAAUCUGCAGAGAAGACAGGAGCAUAUGUGAUCUCCCCGAGUACUGCAACGGCUCUUCGGGGACCUGCCCCACGGAUGUAUUUAAGCAAGACGGAACCCCAUGUGGUGACAACGACCACUGCUACGAUGGGCACUGCCACAGCCACGAGGCACAAUGCAAAGCUUUAUUUGGCAGAGCCGCCCACCGUGCCCCGCUGAGCUGCUUCAGGGAAGUCAAUGUUCGAGGCGACCGGUGUGGGAACUGCGGCUGGAACGGGACGUACUACACUAAAUGCCUGGAAGAGAAUGUCCUGUGUGGAAGAGUGCAGUGUGCUAACCUUAAAAGAGUACCGGUCCGGCAAGACGGCGAGACCGUGGUUCAGACUACCGUGAACGAUCAGCUCUGCUGGGGACUCGAGUUCCACCUGGCUCCAGACACUCCUGACGAGGGAUCCGUGAAAGACGGCACAUCGUGCGGUAGAAACAAGAUAUGUAUGAACAGGACAUGUGUCAGCGCAGCUUUUCUCAACAAUGAUUGCAGGGAGAAAAAAUGCAAUGGCAGAGGGGUGUGCAACAGUAAGAAAAACUGUCACUGCGAUUUUGGAUGGGCCCCUCCGGACUGCAAGCUGGAAGGAUCCGGAGGCAGCGUUGACAGUGGACCACCUCCUGCUUUGCACAUGUUGAGAGCUGCAAGGAAUAUGGGAAAAGCUGCUGGAAUGCUUCUUUUACUCCUCUUGAUUUUGGCCUUUCUGCUGCACAAGAGGGUUGCCGUGGCUCAGUGGAUCCGAAGUUCUCUCAGUGCCAGUCGCAAGCUGCCAGAGAACCUAGCAGAGGAAGAGGAAAGUCCUUCUAAGGAUUAA